GGCCUGGCCUCCCUGCGCGGCGCGGGCGGCGGCUGGCGAGACAGCGGGAGGAGGUCCCGGCCUGGCGGCCCCCGGCGCACGCUUCCUGGGAGUUACAGAUUGUCUUCUCUGAGGAACCAUGAAGACACACUAUGUUGUUAUGCUUACCCCCGUCAUCCUGAUGUUCCUGGCCUGGCUCCCUGUGUCCCUGAGUUGUAACAAAGCGCUCUGUGCCAGUGAUGUGAGCAAAUGCCUCAUUCAGGAGCUCUGCCAGUGCCGGCCUGGAGAAGGCAAUUGUUCCUGUUGUAAAGAGUGUAUGCUUUGUCUAGGUACUCUUUGGGAUGAGUGUUGCGAUUGUGUUGGUAUGUGUAAUCCUCGAAAUUAUAGCGACACACCUCCAACUUCCAAGAGCACUGUGGAGGAGCUACACGAGCCAAUCCCUUCUCUUUUCCGGGCACUCACAGAAGGGGACACGCAGUUGAAUUGGAACAUCGUUUCCUUUCCUGUUGCAGAAGAACUUUCACAUCAUGAGAAUCUGGUUUCCUUUUUGGAAACUGUGAACCAGCCACACCAUCAAAACGUGUCUGUUCCAGGCAACAACGUCCAUGCACCUUAUGCCAGUGACAAAGAGCACAUGUGCACCGUGGUUUAUUUUGACGACUGCAUGUCCAUACAUCAGUGUAAGAUCUCCUGCGAGUCCAUGGGGGCGUCCAAAUACCGCUGGUUCCACAAUGCCUGCUGCGAGUGCAUUGGGCCGGAGUGCAUCGACUACGGCAGCAAAACCGUCAAGUGCAUGAACUGCAUGUUCUGAAGCCGCGAGAGAAAUGUAGACCAAAGCAGUGUCAUCAGGAAGAAAGGUACGGAAAGUUGUUCGGGGAGCUCUUCUGCUGGCAUCAGUUUGCCCGUGAUUUAAGAAGAUGUAAGGAAUUUAGACUGAGUUGCUUUUAAAAUAUGACUCAUGUAGUAAUUUGUUAAAUUAUAUUGCUAUAACUGCUCUUACUGACCCUGUUGCCCGCUAGCGAUAAAGCCUUUCCUUCGACUGCAUGUACAACUUUGGUCACAGAAGGAAGCGAGUACAUAGAGGACUCCGUGAUAGAUCUGAGGUUCCUGGAAUAGUGACUGAGGGCAUUUUCUUCCACCAUCCCCAAAGCCUUUUGUUUGGAAAGUGCUGGCAGAAGCAUGUUAAAGGAAGUUACAAUUUCUGCAGUGUACCACUCCUCGGACCCUGAGUGUUUAUAGUUGUAUGCCAUUGUCAACUGUGCCUUUUAUUGUCUGUUCUAAACAUAGGGUAGAUGCUCAAAUAUAGCUCUUUCAGAACUCACAGAAAAAUCACCAUUAAAAAGCCUCAUUUCAGCUUUUUAAUGUUGGUUUUAGAAAGUAAAUGCUUAUUAUAUUUUACUCAUUAAAACAAUUACGUAGUAGAAUCUGACCUAUAAUGCACAUGCUGACAAAGCUUCAGGAAAAGUGUCUCAUUCUCCUCCACUCCCCCUGCCCAGAAGGCCAAAGGGGGUGGUGAUGAAGACUUUUCACCGAGAACUUCAGGGUGUGCUGCUAUGGAACGGCGUUAAGGGCACUGUGGGGUAAAUAAUUAGGAAGUUAAAGCAUUUCUUGUGACUUGUGGAACCAGCCUAGAGAACACCAGGAAUGGGGUGUUCUCUAAACAUGGUCUGCUAAAUCAGACCAUAAUGGAGCACCAGGAAAUGAAAGGUACAGCCCAAGGUCGAAGUUGGGCUGGAAGUCUGGAAGGCCCCCUCUCGGGCUCAGGGCUCACCUGGGUGAGCGAUAGCGGGGGAAUCAAGGGAAGAGAAUUUAAGAAUAUGAACAGGCAGGGCCGAAAAUGCUGGAAAUUAUGAUGGGAAACAAACUUUGAAUUAUUUAUACUAUUUUUAUUUCAUGAUCGUUCCUUUGUUAAGUUUAUGUCUGGAUCUAAUGUUUUUAUUGAACUAGUAUAAUAAGAUAGUGGGCUGUGAAGAUUACAAAACUAAAAAAAAUUUCUGUUCAAGAUGAUAUUAACUCCAAUACACUACAGAAUAUUUGUCUGCUUUUUAUAUAAUGUUUCAAUAGAAGCAUAAGUACUAUGUGUCCUUCAUAGUAAUAAAAUUCCAGUCUUCAAAUAUGAAUCUAAAGCAUAAAUAUUUAUAUUAUAGAGACUCUUAACUUUAUAGGAUUUCUAAUUUUUGUAGUGCAUAUUUGAAUUACAAGUAACUUUUCAGAGCACCUCUUAUAUUCUAAAUAUUUUAGCAUUCACAGAUAGGUAAUGCUCUUCGAUACAUUUUGUAUUAUUCAUUAUCUGAACUCAUGUAGUAUUAUAAUUAUAAAAGUUAAAGCUUUGAUACCCUUUCUUCUCUUUCAGAUAACUGUAAUAAUACAGUAAAGGUUCAGAACAAAGUUGAAAUUUAGCUCAUGAAUGUAUUUUUUUUUUAAUAGAAAAAAAUUAGGGUCUCCUUUUCUUACUUUUAGCUAGGAGGCCUCUGUUUAAAAGUGCCUUCAAACAUUUUCGCUUCCUUUCUGAAUUAAUACCUAUAAAGCUGUGGGUUUUCUUGAACUUAAGAAAGAGAAAGCUUUAAGGGGAUUUGCCGCCAGUAAUGUGUUACCUCAAAAUCAAGGGGAUUUCCAUGUUCCUUGGCAUUUUCUUAAAUAUGUCAACAAGCUUAUUUUUAAACUGGUAUUUAACUACAAAAGGGCUUUGUAGGUCUUAAUUAUUAAAUUUCAAAAUAUAUAUCUCUUUUCUUCUCCUUUCCUUAGAGGAUGAUUUCUUGAACCACUUUGUGUUUUAACCACAUUAUACUUUUUCUUACCUCUAUUUCUCCCAUUCGAAGUUACCCUUAAAUGUAAUGCCAUUUAUUUCCAAAUUUUGCUUGAUGUUUUUGGUUUAUGAAUGGAACGAAAGAAAUCAAUCACCCAAAUAGUCCGUUUCCAGUUCUAGAGUGUUUUUCAGGUUUUAUGUACCAGUACUUUUCCAAUUUAAAAGUAUAGCAUUUGGGAAGCCAGUUGCCUCACUAUAUUUAGACCCACUAUUACCAUCCCAGGCACAGUUCACUUCUGUGAAUGUUUUUAAAAUAAAAAAUUAGGUUUUUCCCUAUUUUAGUAACCAGACCAAAAAAACACUGGAUUUUAAAAUCAGUAAAUAUUUGAAAGACACAUAUAUAAAAGACUCUUUCCUAUAGUAGGUCAUGUGCUUUCUGAUGGCUUUUCUCUGGGUCUCCCCCCACCCCAUAACUUCUAAUUGUUACUGAAACUGUAUUCAUAAUAGUGGCACCAAAUCAAAUGUUAAUUCAAAUAAAAUCUAGUCUCUAUUUACUAGUAACAAAUUUUAAAAAAGUCUUCAUUUAGGGAUAUGACUUCUAAAGUUUCCAAAAACAAAAUUGAUAAGGUGUUAGAAUGUUUGAACAAUUAUAAAUUAAAAUGGAGAAAAGAAACAAAAGCUUUUCUGAAAAAUGUAGUAAAUAUAAAUAAGGCAUAUUUUAAAGUUUGUGUUUGAAGAUUUUUAAAAAUCUGUUCUGCAUUCCAAAAGCGUAUGUUUAUUGUAUUUCAUAUGACCUACCACAUGUAAAAUUGUGUAUUUUUCUCUGAUUGUCCCUAUAAAAAAAAAAUUAUUUU